AUGAAAUUCUUCAACGUUAUCGACGGUCAGCGCCGAAGCAGCGACAACAACCACCAGUGCAUCGAUCCCCGCACCGAAGAGCCGCUAUGGGACGCUCCUCUGGCUACGACGAAGGACCUCGAUGAGGCUGUUGAGGCAGCUCAGAAGGCGCUGAAGACAUGGUCCAAAACCUCGGUCGAGGAUCGCUCGGAAUACCUGCGCAAGAUCGUCGAGGUCUUUACGGCGAAUAAGCAGGAGCUCAUGGAGAUUGUCAUGAAGGAGACGGGCAAAUCGACUCUCAUGGCCGAGAUCGAAAUCGGAAACACCUGCCAACAGACUCUCUACUACACAAAGGUCCAUCUCGAAGAUGAAGUCACCUUCGAAGACGCCUCCCUCAAAAUCGUCGCGACACACACCCCGCUCGGCAUCGUCGGCGCAAUCUGCCCCUGGAACUUCCCCCUCAUUCUCUCCAACAUCAAAAUAGUCUCCUCCCUCGUCACGGGCAACUGCGUCAUCGUCAAACCAUCCCCCUUCACGCCCUACUCCGUCCUCAAGUCCGUCGAACUGCUCAUCCCCGUCCUGCCCCCCGGCGUCGUGCAGGUUCUCAACGGCGGCGCAGACCUCGGCGCCGCGAUGACAACUCACCCGGGCAUCGCCAAGAUCAGCUUCACGGGCACGGUCGCUACGGGAAAGCGCGUGAUGGAGAGCUGCGCGAGGACGCUGAAGAGGCUGACGCUUGAGCUUGCGGGGAACGAUGCGUGCGUGGUCACCGAUGACGUGGAUGUGGCGGAGACCGCGGGGAAGGUGGCUACGGGGUGCUUUUUCAAUGCCGGGCAGAUGUGUGUGGCGACGAAGCGGGUAUAUGUACACGAAAGCGUGUAUGAACCGUUCUUGGAGGCGUUUACGAAGGAGGUGCAGAAGGCAUUUGCGGUGAAUGGGGACGCGGCGGCGCCGAGUUUGUUCGGGCCGGUGUCGAACAAGGCGCAGUAUGAUGUUGUGCAGGAAAUUGUGAGGGAUUGUGAGAAGAACGGGUAUAACGUCGUUGCGGCGGAGAAUCCUCUGGACGGGAAGGGGCUCUGGGUGCCGCCGACGAUUGUGGUCAAGCCCCCGGAAGACUCGAUGCUCGUGAGAGAGGAACAGUUUGGCCCCAUCAUCCCCGUCCUCUCGUGGUCCACCGAAGACGACGUUGUCCAACGAGCGAACCUCAGCAACGCAGGCCUGGGCGCCUCCGUCUAUUGCAGAGACGUCAGCCGCGCCGAACGCAUCGCGAGGUCCCUCGAGGCCGGCACCGUGUGGAUCAACAUGCCCGAGCAGCCGCACCCGGGCGGCUUCUUCGCGGGGCAGAAGGAGAGCGGCAUCGGAGGAGAGAUGGGCAAGCAGGGGCUGCUUUCGUACAGCUACACCAAGAGCUUGCAGUUUUCAAAAGCCGGGAGCAGCAAACUAUAA